UAAAAUAAACAAUUACAUUAAAUAUAGAGGCGGACGGCUCAACCAUUACAUCCACCAUUUCUCUCCAUAAGUCAUUGCAAAGUAAGGCCAUUUUUUUGUUGUUGUAAAAAUGUGAUUAUUUCAUUUAUUUCCAUUUUAUGGAUAAGGGAUGACUUCCAAUUAGACCGAUAUUUGGUUCUGCUUUUAAUAUAAGCUCACCAUCCAAAAUUAUGCUACCCUUGUAUGAUUUCAUUGGUCAUCAAUUUGGAAUUCCCAUUUAAAGCCAAAAUUUAUUUGUGCUGCUACUCACAUUGCACCAAUAUACAACUACCACAUUGAAAUUGUCAUCAACCAUUGGUACUACAUUAAAAAACAUAUAGUACUAAAAAAUAAGUUAUACUUUGGAGUACCAUGUUAGUAUUUUUCAUGUCACCUUCACAUUAUUCUUCUUCAAUUUUUGUUAUUCAUUACCCUUUUUUAGUCCUUCAACCAAAUUACUCAUACUUUAUAGUAUCUCUUUUUCUAUAAUCAAUAUCUCCAACAGUAAUUAAACCAUCCCAAUUCAAAAAAAUUCAAUGUCAGCACCUAUUGCAAUGGCUGUGGCUUCCACAGCUGUGGCUAUGUUAUUCAUUACAGGUAUUUUCCAUUACUUCUACCACAAAUAUGUUCUUGCUAGAUACCAAAGUAGAAACAAAGUUGCUACCACUGCUAAAGGUUAUCUUAAAGAGCCAGUGCUAAACCAUGAAGAUAUAAAAAGAUAUGGUGGUAAUGUGAAAGGACUAAUUGUUGAAGAAAAUGGUGUUGAUGUUAUUUACAUGAUGAACAAAGAAAGUAGACAAAUGGUAACAAGUUUCCCAAAUUGUACGUUCAAUCCUAGUUAUGAAGAUGAUGAAGAAGAAAAGAUAAUAGAUGUGUUGGUUCAUAAGUCCAAAAUAACUAAUCAUAAUGAGAUUAUUCCAUUUGCAUGUGAAUCUCAUGAGAAGUUACCACAUAUUUCACAUGAGUUACUACAAUCUUCACUUCCACUUCCACUUCCACCACUACAAAAACCUUCACAAAUGAAUCUUGAGAAGAACAAGAUUCACAUGAGUUACAAUCAACCACUACCAUCUCCUCCUCCUUCUCCUCCACCUCUUCCUUCUCCUCCAAGAAAAGAAAUUCCAAAGGCACCACCUCUUCCUUCACCUCCACUUCCAAAGACUAGUAGUGGCUUCACUUCAUCUUUGAAACCACCACCAGCACCUAAAGGAAAAGCAAAUAUCAAAGAGAUUACCAUAGGAGAGAGUUCAAGAGAGAAUGGACAAACAAGGCUAAAGCCUCUACACUGGGAUAAGGUUGCAGCUGAUGUUGAUCAUUCAACAGUAUGGGAUCAGAUCAAUGAUGGAUCUUUUAGGUUUGAUGAUGAACUCAUGGAAUCACUCUUUGGAUAUUCAACCAACUACAAAACUCAAGAAAGAAACAGGUCUCUUUCCACUUUGGCCAAGUCCAAUUCCAACACACCAACUCAAAUAUUCAUCCUUGAGCCAAGAAAAUCACAAAACACUGCAAUUGUGCUACGAUCACUAGCAGUUUCUCGCAGGGAAAUCUUAGAUGCAGUACUUGAUGGUGAAGGACUCAGUGUUGAGACACUUGAAAGACUCACUAAAAUAGCACCUUCUCAAGAAGAAGCAUCCAAAAUUCUCCAAUUCAAUGGCAACCCAAAUAGGCUUGCUGAAGCUGAGUCUUUCCUAUACUACAUCCUUAAAUCAGUUCCAACAUCAUUCAACCGUUUGAAAGCGAUGUUUUUUCGAUCAAACCACGAUAGCGAAAUUCUUCGGCUCAAGGAACACUUACAAACACUUGACUUGGGUUGUAAGGAACUUAGGACUAGUGGUUUGUUCUUGAAACUCCUUGAGGCCAUUCUCAAAACUGGGAACAGAAUGAAUGCUGGAACUUCCAGAGGCAAUGCACAAGGUUUCAACUUGAGUGCUCUUACAAAACUUUCUGAUGUAAAAAGCACAAAUGGGAAAACUAGUUUGCUUCACUUCAUAGUGGAACAAGUAGUUCAUUCAGAAGGGAAAAGACAAGCACAAGAGGAAGACAAAGAAGAAUAUCUAAUUUUUGGUUUACAAGUGUUAGGUGGACUAAGUGAUGAGUUAUCAGAAGCAAUGAAAGCAUCUUGCAUCGACUAUCAUAGUUUCAUCACUAUGUGUUCCAAUCUUAGUUCUCAUGUUAAUGAAAUUAGACACAUUAUAACAUGCUGUGGAAACAAUGAGAAAGGUGAAUUCUUCAAGGACAUGAAAGGAUUCCUAGAGUUAUGUGAGGAGGAACUUAAGGUGGUGAGAGAGGAACAAGCAAGGAUCAUGGAACUUGUGAAGAAAACAAAUGAGUACUAUUUAGCAGGAGCAACCAAAGAUAAUAUGCCAAACCCUUUUCAUUUGUUUAUUAUUGUAAAAGAUUUUGUUGACAAGGUAUGUCAAGCUUGCAUAGAACUAAAAAAGAAGCUAGAAAAGAAGAAUGUAGGUGUAGAAUCUGUAUCAACAACACCACCUCUGUCUCCAUCAAACAGGAUGCCAUCAAGAUUCUCUAGCUUUGAUUUAAAUUUUCUGUCAAAUAGGUUAGAGUCUACAUUUUCCAGCCAAUCAGGAGAUGAUUUCUGAAGCUUGUUUUUGCAUUUGUAUCCUUUGAUUUAUGCAAAAUAUGGUCAUUCUAGUUCGUUCUUUAAUCAUAGUUUUGUUAUGUUAAAAUCUUUAAGUUUGACGAACUUCAAGAUGUACAUAAAAAUUAUUAAUGUAUCAGAUAUUUUAUCUA